AUGAACACUCUGGAGACCCCCCAGACGAGGAACGAGCUUCAGGCCAAUCGCCCGCAGCACAAACGGACGGUGGAGUGUCUCUUGAGGAUCAUGAGCCUGCUGAUAUGGAGCUGGAGUCCUAAGAUUUUCAGUUGGAAUUGUCAAGGGGCAGCUUCUAAGAGUUUUAUUAGAACUGCCAAAUGGUUUAUUAGCAAAUACCACCCGAACAUCUUCUGCCUUGUUGAGACCAAGACGUCCGGGUGUAAUGCGGAUUCCUUAUGCGCCAAGCUUGGCUUUGAUAAAUGGGCAAGGGUUGAAGCACUGGGUUUUAGUGGAGGGAUAUGGAUUCUUUGGUCAAACUCUGUGCAAAUUGAGGUUCUUCACUCUCACCCUCAGUUUGUACAUAUGGCAAUCACAGAUCAGUUAGGCAGAUUUUGGAAUUUGUCGGUGGUGUAUGGAAGCCCUACUCUACAUCUACGCCGGCGUUUAUGGAGCUCUCUCAAACGGACUAAGCUUCAUGUCAAUCACCCCUGGUUGAUAGCUGGUGACUUCAACGCCAUUGCUAAUGAUUAUGAGUGUUCAAGUCCGUCCAACCCUGGUAACCACAAAAACGCUGACUUCAGAAACUGGAUAUUCAGUGAGGCGUUACUUGACCUUGGGUUCUCGGGACCGAAUUUUACCUGGAGAAGGGGAAAGGAGGAAGGUACUUUUAAAGGUGCAAGAUUGGACCGUGCUCUGUGUUCGUUGGAUUGGAUCGACCGUAUGCAUGAUACUAAGGUGACUCAUCUUACGGCUAUCGGGUCUGACCACAGCCCCAUUCUGGUGGAGUUCGAUACCAAAGUCAAGCAGGGUGGUAAUGAUUUCAUGUUCCAGGGCGCUUGGACGAGACAUCGAGAUUUUUUGGAUUUCACACGGCAAAAUUGGGAUAAGGAGGGGUCGGUCUGGCAAAACAAAGACACCAUGGCGGUGAAAUUUAAAGAUUGGAACCGAACAGUGUUUGGAAACAUCCACUACAGGAAAAACAAUCUAUUGCGUCGUUUGGACGGAAUUCACAAGAAAAUGGAUCAAGCGUGCCAUGCUGGACUCGUUAGGCUAGAAAGAAAAAUAAAAAAAGAGUUAGAGGACACUUUGCAGCAAGAAGAGAUCCUCUGGUUCCAACAAGCGAGGGAGGAUUGGAUUGCAUCUGGCGACCGCAACACUAGUUUCUAUCACGCUGCAACAAAGUGCAAAAAGGCAAAGAUAGGAAGACACAAUUUUUUGGAUAUGGUGGGAAUCCCAUGGUAG